AGGGGACCUGCACGCUGGGCUCGUCUGCUCUCCUGCACUACUCAGCAACUCGCAACCGCCAUUUCAAAAGACGACGGCCGACUUCAUCGAACUUAACACACCCAGGCAACGCUUUUCUCUCUCUCUCUGCCGCUACCGCUACUUGAUCUUUCGCCUGAUAGACGACUUCUGUUUCUUUCCUCUUCUCUUUCGUCUCCCUUCCUUGAAGAGCCUUUCAUCCCUACACCGUCCAUCAUGAACCCUGAAUACGACUAUCUUUUCAAGCUCCUUCUUAUCGGAGAUUCCGGUGUCGGAAAAUCUUGCUUGCUACUUCGGUUUGCAGACGACACCUACACAGAGAGCUAUAUCUCCACUAUUGGUGUUGAUUUCAAAAUCCGAACAAUCGAACUUGAUGGCAAGACAGUGAAACUUCAGAUUUGGGACACUGCGGGCCAGGAGCGGUUCCGCACCAUUACUUCGUCUUACUAUCGAGGUGCUCAUGGUAUCUGCGUCGUGUAUGAUGUUACUGACAUGGAUUCCUUCAACAAUGUGAAGCAGUGGCUCCAGGAGAUCGAUCGCUAUGCCACCGAGGGUGUCAACAAGCUGCUUGUGGGUAACAAGAGUGAUAUGGAGGAUAAAAAGGUCGUGGAGUACACGGUGGCAAAGGAGUUCGCCGAUAGCCUUGGAAUACCAUUCCUGGAGACCUCUGCUAAGAAUGCCUCGAACGUCGAGCAAGCCUUCUUGACAAUGGCAAGGCAGAUUAAGGAGCGUAUGGGUACCGCCACUGUCAACAACAAGCCGACUGUGCAGGUUGGCCAGGGCCAGGGUGUCCAGUCUGGGUCUGGAGGCGGUUGCUGCUAAUCGAGCCACCGAGUCGUGUUGCACAGUACUACGUUAGCCACCUCGGUAUGAAGCAGGGAGGUGUGUUUGCCAACUGCGCCUUGGCACUGAACAGCUCUAACUGAAAUGUGAAAUGGCGCAGAUGGCAUUGCGGAAAUUUU